AUGGAAGAAUCAAAUUCACAUGAUAACUCGAAAGUAUAUGUAUAUCCUUUGACUACUAAUAUAACGGAGGAUCAUGUUAAAGAGAUAUUUGGCCACUUUGGCAAGGUGGUAAACGUAGAGUUUCACUCAUAUGAAAAGGAAAAUUCAAAAAGAUACGGCAUUGUUGAUUUCGAGACCAACGAUGAUGCAAGGAACUCAGUCGCUCAUAUGAACGAAGGAGAAAUUGAUGGUCUGAAGAUCAAAGUGGGUUUCAAAAGCCCCUAA